AUGUUGACCGCCUUCUACUUUGAGCCUGUAUUGCUGUACGGGAUACCAUUCCAAUUCCUGUUCUCCGAUAUUUCGUCGUCCGUAUAUUCUACCCAAACCUCUUUGAAGCUGUACUUGCAUUCUUCCACUCUUUCCUCUCUCCUCCUCCUUGAGAUCUAUUGCCGACGGUCACUUCGGCAAACAUCUAAGAUGACGGCCCCCAGCAGAGUCCUUCCGCGCGUGCGGCCCUUCAUCUCAGCUCGCGCGACGCCGCCUCGCUUCGCCUCCGUCUCGACCAUCAAGUCGCAAACCCCCCCCACCCCCAUCGAGCCUUCCCAGACCCAGGCCAUGCCCGCCGGUCCUUUCUAUCAGGCGAUGCUCGACUACAAGCUGCCGUACGCUAAGGCGGAAGAGCCCGCCUCCACCUCAGCCGCCAAGCAACAGGCGAAACAGGCCGCUCCCGCCGCCGCCGCCGCCGAGACCAAGAAGACACCGACCGAACAACAGGAGGAGGAGGAGGAGCGUCCAGCGCCUAGUCCGCCCCCGGCGACCGCCGCCGCCGAAAAAGCCGCCAUCAUCUUCGGAUCAGCCCUCGCCGGCCCGCAAUCCCGGGCCGAACGCCUCGCCGAGGCGCGGAGGAAAUCGAAACUCGUCGCCGGCGUGUGGGUGCCGCCGCGUCCCGAGGAACCCGACAACUGCUGCAUGAGUGGGUGCGUCAACUGUGUGUGGGAUCAGUACCGGGAUGACAUGGAGGAGUGGUCUGCUGCCAGUGCCGAGGCCCAGGGGCGGCUGCGCGAGAGGGGGGAGCGGCGGCGGCGGCGGGGCCAGGGAGUGGCGGCGGCGGGAGGACGGGAAGAGGGCGAGAGGCGCGUCGACAUGAGCAUGGAUGACGAUGGCGGCGGGUCGGAGACGAACUGGGUGCCUCCGAAGCCCAAGACGGUGGUGGGCAAGGACAUGUGGGACGAGGAGUUGUAUGCUAAUAUCCCUGUGGGUAUUCGCGAGUUCAUGAAGACGGAGAAGAAGCUCAAGAUGAUGCAUGAGCGGGAGGGGACGACAGGGGGCUCUGCCGCGCUUUCAUCUUCAUGUGCAGGAUGCAAAUGUGUCGUGGUGCACAAGUCGGGUAUUUUGUUCAGUGUGCGCCUCGAGAGUUCGAGACGACCUGGCGGCAUUGGCCGACCCUCUGGACGUCUUUUCCACUGUAGUGUACACCCGAGUUGGACCGGCCUCGUGGCUUCCACAUGA